AUGAUCGGAAUUGGCAUGGAGGGCUCGGCCAACAAGGUUGCCAUUGGCAUCAUGCUGCACCCGGACGAUGGCAGCGAAGCAAAGGUCCUCGCCAACGUCCGUCACACAUACAACGCCCCGCCAGGCGAGGGAUUCCUGCCCAAGGACACGGCGCGGCACCACCGGGCAUGGGUAGUGAAGCUGGUGAAGAAGGCGCUGAAGGAGGCGAAAGUGACGGUGGACGAUGUGGACUGUAUCUGCUUCACGCAAGGCCCUGGCAUGGGUGCCCCGCUGCAGAGCGUGGCCAUCGCAGCGCGGAUGUUGAGUCUGCUUUGGGGCAAGAAGUUGGUCGGUGUGAACCACUGCGUUGGACAUAUUGAAAUGGGUCGUCUUAUUACAGGCGCUACGAACCCCGUUGUCCUCUACGUCUCCGGCGGUAAUACACAAGUCAUCGCUUAUAGCUCUCAACGAUACCGAAUUUUCGGCGAGACGCUCGAUAUAGCUGUGGGUAACUGUCUGGACCGGUUCGCGCGGACGCUACACAUCCCCAAUGACCCGGCACCGGGAUAUAAUAUCGAGCAGCUCGCGAAGAAGAGCAAGCGGCUAGUAGACCUCCCGUACGUGGUCAAAGGCAUGGACUGCUCUUUCUCUGGAAUCCUGGCUGCAAUUGAUGGACUUGCUGCGUCGUGGGGGUUAGGCGGGCCCGAGCAGGCAAAGGCAGAUGCGGAGAGUGAUUCGAAUGCCGAACAUACGAGUGAAGACCCGGAUGGCAAGCCCACUCGUGCGGAUCUCUGCUUUUCGCUGCAAGAAACAGUGUAUGCGAUGUUGGUGGAGAUUACUGAGCGGGCAAUGGCGCAUGUUGGCUCCAAGGAGGUGCUUAUCGUCGGUGGCGUGGGCUGCAACGAGCGAUUGCAGGAGAUGAUGGCAAUUAUGGCGCGGGAUCGGGGUGGCAGUAUCUUUGCGACAGAUGAGCGUUUCUGCAUCGAUAACGGUAUCAUGAUUGCCCAAGCUGGAAUGCUGUCAUACAAAACGGGCUUGACCACUCCCUUGAAGGAAACAGCCUGCACCCAGCGGUUCCGAACUGACUCGGUGUGGGUGAAGUGGCGGGAUGAUUAA